AUGCCAGUUACUGAGAUCAAAAUCAACUUCAAGGACUCUGAUAAGCCUUUGGAUCUCAAAUGUGGAGAAGUGAUCAAAAAGUGUCCGGCUAUUGCAAGAGCCAUCGAGGCAGAUAAUGCCAAUUGGGAAACCGAGGAUACGAUUGUAGACGCUCCAAUCGAUAUUCCAUUCCCACAGAAAUCAGGGGAAUUCUUGUUCUCUCAUAUUCUGAAAUACAUCAAGCCAGCUGAAGACUCAUGGGACACGAAGCCAGAGGACUUCCCAGAGGCGAAUGCUAUGGAUCUCGAUGAGCUCAAGUCGAUCAUCGAGUUGGCCAACUUCUUGGAGUGCACCGACUUCAUGCACUGCAUCGGAUUCGUCAUUGCGAAGAAGGUCGAGGUUUUGUCAAUUGAGGAGAUCGCCGCCUACUUUGGAGUCGAGUGUAAACCAGAGGCCAACUUCUUCGAUGAGGCCGAUGGAUGGGUUCAUCCACCAAAGGAGAUCUUCGAGGGAAACAACUGA